UCUCUUCUUUUUUUCUUUCUUUGUAAAAUGACUGCUACCAUCAAAUUCGCUUCUUAUUUUUGGGACCGUAAAAGAAUGAGCCAAGAUAGCACAUCGUUACAAGCAUUGUUAACAGAAUCAUCCGAAGACGAUCAGAAAUUACAGGACGAUUUAGAUAUCAUGCUAUCUUCUUUAAACAUCCAUGAAAUGACUAAAGAAACAGACGCUUUUACAUUACAAGAAGCAUUGCACGGACUGAUUGAGAAAAUACAACAAGCGACAAGACAAACAUUUGAUAAUCAAAUUGUAGAUCCCAGUUCUCGAUUACAGCGACAAUUAGACGUUGCUUCUUUAGGAGGACUUGUAGACAGAAUGAAUAAGAGAAGGCUUGUGGAUCAGGAGUGGGUGUCCAAUUCAGAACAAUUAAAAAGGGAUAUCAAUGAACUUGUAGCAAAAUCAUCAUGCUUCUUUACCGUGCAUGAUGAUUAUGAAGAGCAAAGAUUCGAAUUAUCACCCAUCAAAGAACGUGAUUUAUAUUUAUUUCAAAUAUUCUCUAAAAUAGAUCGUCAAACCAGUAGAAGAAUGACCAAUCAAGAUGCUAAACCUAAGCGUAACUUUGAAGAAGAUGAAUUAUUUUCCAUCAUUCAUAAAAUGCAGCAAUCCAAUCGCUUUACAGAUCAAAGAGCGGCUCCCCGACGAAAAUUAUAG